AUCGCGUCUUAGAACAUCUCUAGUUAACAAACAUUAAUUAAUACCAAAAAGUAUUAAGUAUUUGAUAGACUGUAAGUAUGGGAGUCACGGGAUUGUUGGUGGCCUUAAAGGACAUUCAAGUGAAUGGUAAACUUGAACGAUAUAGAGGGAAGACUUUGGCUAUAGAUACAUAUGGUUGGUUACAUCGAGGCUUAAUAUCUUGUGCUCAAGAAUUAUGUCAAGAUAAACCAACUACUAAGUAUAUAACAUCUAUAAUGAAUAAAGUACAAAUGUUAAGGGAUUUUGGAAUUACUCCCUAUUUUGUCUUUGAUGGAGCUGCAUUACCUACCAAAGCAGAUACCGCUACAGAAAGACGUAAUAGAAGAAUUGAAGCUAGACAUAAAGCUGAAGAAUAUGAGAAAAGUAAUAAGAGUAAAUUAGCCUGGAAAGAAUAUAUGAAGGCUGCAUGUGUUACAUCACAAAUGGCUAAAUCAUUAAUGGUAGAAUUUGAUAAUCAUAAUAUAAAAUAUAUAGUAGCACCAUAUGAAGCUGAUCCUCAAAUGGUUUAUUUAGAAAAGAUUGGUUUAGUGGAUGGAAUAUUAUCUGAAGAUUCAGAUUUAUUAGUAUUUGGAUGUAAUAGAUUAAUUACUAAAUUAAAGGAUGAUGGAGAUUGUGUAGAAAUUCAUCGAGAUAAUUUCAAUAAAGUUCUGCUGAUACCUCAUCUUGCUAAAUAUACUCCUGAACAAUUACGAUUGGUAGCUAUGUUAUCAGGUUGUGAUUAUACUAAAGGUAUUGCUGGUGUAGGAUUAAAAUCUGCAUUUAAAUUAGUUACUAAAUACAAUAAUCUUGAAAAAGUCCUAAUAGCUUUACGAGCUGAAGGUAAACCAGUUAGUGACGACUUUAAAGAUGAAGUGUUUAAGGCAGACUUGGCAUUCCAGUAUCAAAAGGUUUUCAAUCCUUUAACUCAAACAUUAGAAAAAUUGAAUGAUUAUCCAGAAGACUUUAAUAUAGACUUUGAUACUUUAGAGUCAUGUUGUGGAAAAACUUAUACUCAUGAACACUAUCAGAAGGUAUGCAGAGGAUUUCUUGAUCCUAACACUCAUGAAAUAUUAAUAUCUCGAGAACAGAAUUUAUCUAGCCUUAAAAGUAAGUCAAUUAAUGGAUCUUCAUCGUUUGGAAGUAAUCCACCAAACUUAUCAUUCCGAAGUAAAUCAGCUGGAUUCAAACCGCCAGUAGUUCCUAAGAAUUCAAUAGUUGAUAUGUUGAAUGCUAUGAAAGUUCCAGUAAAGGUUCUACCUCCACCUCCACCUCCACCUCAAACUCCAAUGAAAAGAGCCAGUGAGACUAGGCUUUCUCCAACUGCCAAGAAGAUGCAAAAGCUUACAACUCCUAAUCAGUCAUCUAAUACUAGUAAGUUUUUUAAUUCUAAUUCAAAUAUUCAAUCUAAUGAUUGGGAUAUGUCAGGAGAUUCAGAAUUCUCUGAAGUUACAGCUGUUUCUACAGUUGAUAAGGAAGAGAUUGCUCCUAAUACAGAUAAUAUUCUUGAUGAACUUACCGAUAAUGAUGAAGAUCAUAUUGAAGAAGAAGUGGAGAACAAUAAGUCAUCCUCUGUGGAUGCUGUAGUUGACCCAUUUGAACUGUCAGAUGAAGAGAUCGAUGAAUCACCUAUAAAGGUCAAACCCAUAGACACCACCACAAUAAUUAAAAUAAAGACUUCGUUAAGAGAAAGCUUUGUUUGUGGAUCCAAUAAACGAUUUGAACUCACAAGAACUCCCUUAGCCAGUAAAGAUAUCAAUCAACUCAAACCAAUACAAUCUAAAGUCACUAAAGAUAUCAAUCUACUGAAACAUGUGCCUCCUACUAAAAUAUCUCUACAAACACUUCCUCCACUCAAGGGAAGUGUUCCUAUUAGAAAACCCACCACUUCCAAUAGUUUGAAGCGGUUUGCAUUCCAUAGAUAGCAUUAAUUAAAUAUAUAUGUAUGUAUAUAUAUUUUCUAUACACAAACUCUA